AUGGACGAAUAUGCAAAUCAAGCGCAGCUGUUGUCGAAUUCAUCAGUAUCUCAAAAUGACGUAAUAAUUACUGAGCUGACUCCGUUAACAGCUAUUCAAUCUGACGGAGGCAAACGAAUACAAUCAGCUCUUCCGGAAAUUUUAGAAUGGAGCACUAGUAAGCUUAGUCAAAUAUGUCGUGAAGGUGAUAUUGUUCGUUUAAAUGAGUUUGUUGAAUAUAGUAAACAAACAUUAAGGUGUGGUAAACAUGCAUCUGAAAUAGCUGAUCGAAUUGAUUUAGAAACAGGCCUUUCACCGUUACAUCAUGCUGCUCGUUAUCAACAAUUGGAUAUUUGUCUUAUUCUUUUAUCUAAUAUUGAUUUUAAAUUAGGUGUUAAUAUUAAGGAUGCACAUUAUCGAACACCGAUUCAUUCAGCAUUUCGUUCAUCGAAUAAUUUAAAUACAAAUAAUUCUACGUUAGAAAAACAAUUUGAUGUGGAUAUUAAUUUUGGCGAUAAAAUCCAAAAAAUUGAAGAUUGGCAAGAAGAAUAUCGAAAUGAAAUUCUUUCAAAAGAUCAUCCAUUAAUUUAUUUAUUUGCUAAAGUUAAUGGAGAUAUUAAUGCACUUGAUAAAUAUCUUCUUACACCACUUCAUUAUGCUGUAGCUCGUAAUAAUCUUGCUGGUGUUAAACAGUUAAUAACACUCAAAGCGAAGAUUGAAUCAUCAGAUCGUCAAGGAAUACGCCCAUUACAUUUAGCAUGUAAAGAAGGUUAUUUAUCAAUUGUUGAAUAUUUAAUUGAACACAAUGCAGAAAUCGAUCCUAUUGAUGCUGAUAAAUGGACACCCUUGCAUUAUGCAUGUGCUAAAGGACAUUUAGAUAUUAUUAAAUUAAUUAAUUCAAAAGACAAAAUAAAGUUUCGAAAACUUAUUCAAAUGCAAACAAAUACGCAAGCAACAUGUAUACACUUAGCGGUACAACAUGGAAAUAUUGAAUCAGUUGAAUUUAUUCUUAGUGAAUUUAACGGUGAUGAUUUAAAAACAUUACUUAAUGAACAAAUAGAAACAUUUGGAACUCCUUUACAUAUAGCAGCAAAAUUUUGUGAUCCAUCUAUGCUCAAUCUUCUUUAUCAUCAUGGAGCUGAUCCAUUAAUAUUAAAUUCACACAAUCAAUCACCACUACAUAUAGCCAGUGCUUCCAAUCGACUACCUAUCGUUAAAGAAUUACUUUCUCUUACUCAUUCAUCUCUAUUAGAAAUAAAAGAUAAACGUGGUCAAACAGCUUUAUCCGUAACAACAAAUCUCGAUAUUGUUAAUGAAUUAAUUACAUUUGGUGCUGAUAUUUCAAGUCUUGAUAAUAAUCAUAUGAAUGUAUUAAUGAUUGCUGUAUCUAAAAAUCAACUAUCAAUUGUUGAGCAUUUAUUAUUUCCUAUUAAUGAUCAAUUUAUAGAAAUAUUUGAUCAAGUAACAAAAAGAGAUAAUCGUACAAUAUUUCUAAUAGCUGUUCAAACAGGUUCUGUCGAAAUGUGUUCAUUAUUAUUAACUCAUCCAUAUGUUCGUUGGGAUACAAUUGAUAAACAGCGUAUGAAUGCAUUUCAUAUAGCUGCUCGAAAUAAUCAUCCUCAAUUAAUUGAAUUGCUUAGUGAACAUAUAAAAAAAACUGAUAGAUUAAUGUCAGUAUAUAGUCGCAGUUAUUCAAUGACAAUAACAAGUUCUGAUUCAAUCAAUAUUUCACAAUCAUCACCAACUUUACAUAUACAUAUUGAUGCGCAAAAUGAAGAUGGAAAAACUCCAUUACAUUUAGCUGCUGAACAUGGCCAUAAAUUGUGUGUAGAAGUUCUUCUUAAGUAUGAUGUUGAUGUUUUAUUUCCAAAUUAUCUUGGACAAUUAGCACUUCAUGUUGCUAUACAAAACGGUCAUAGUGAAUGUGUUGAUUUAUUAAUAAAAGCUUCAACAAGAAAUAUAGCUGAUUUUCAAUCGGUUUUAUCAAGACGACAAUCACCAUUGAUAACUGCUUGUCAAAAUGGAUUUGUUAAUAUUGUUCGCCUUUUACUUUCUCAAGAGAGUGGAAUUGAUUAUGAAAAUAAUGAUAAAGAAGAAAAAAAUCCAUUAGAAAUAGCCAUUGAAUAUCGACAGAUUGAAACCAUUCAUACACUUCUAGAUCAUCCACAUAUAGAACAUUGGCUUAUGUCAAUACGAAAAAUAAAACAAAAUUUUCAUCAAACACCAUUAAGAGAUAUGAUUCGAUAUACACCACAAUGUGCUAAACAUGCAUUUGAUAAAUUAAUAUUAACAACAAAUGAAAUUGAUCUCGAUGGAAAUACAUUCGAAAGAAUUACAUAUAACUAUAAAUAUAUUGAUGAUUAUUUUAUGAGUAAUGGUAAAUUAUAUGCUCCAAAUAGUCAUCAACUUUAUCGUAAUCAUCCAUUUAUAAUCGCUCUUGAUAGUGAAUGUCAUUUUUUACUUGAACAUCCAUUAGCUCGACAACUUAUGCUACGUAAAUGGAAAUUAUACCGUCCAUUUUUUUAUUUGACACGUAUACUAACAUUUAUAUUAUUACUUUUUUUAACAUUCUAUGUUCUCGUUGUACCUGCACCAAAUACAAAAUCAUCAACAGAUUUAUUUUUACCAUUAAAUGAAAAUUUUGUAUUACCUAUGCGAUGGAUUAUUGUUAUUUUAGCUGGAAUGAAUUUAUUUAAAGUACUUUUAGAAAUAAUACUUUAUCGUGGUUUACGUGUACCGUUUGCCCAAUUAUUUGGGAUGAUUUCAUUUCUAAUAUCAAUUAUUGCUUUAAUACCAUAUGGACAAAUUAAUGAAAGAAUUCAUUGGCAAUGGCAAUUAACAGCAUUAUCAACAUUAUUACAAUGGUUUAAUAUAGCAUUAAUAUUACGUUCAGUUCCAUUUGUUGGAAAUUUUAUUGUUAUGUUACAAUCUAUAUUAAUUAAUUUUGUUUCAUUAAUAUGUGUUUUUUUACCAUUAAUUAUUGGAUUUACAGUAGCAACAAAAAUGAUUUUUUUUAAUCAUUCAGCAUUUUUCUUUAUUGUUGGAUCAAUGCAUAAAUUAUCAGCAAUGUUGAUUGGAGAAUUUGAUUAUGAAACAUUAUUUUUUUCUAAACCAAUAUUUAUAACAGCAACAUUACUUUUUAUACCAUUUAUUUUUAUAAUGGCAAUUGUUUUCAUGAAUCUUUUAUUAGGUUUGACUAUUGGUGAUUUGCAUAUUUGUAUGAAAAAUGCACAAGCAAAAGCAAAUGCUUAUCAAAUUCGUGAACUUAUUUAUAUUGAAUCAACGUUACCAAGGAUAAAAUGGUUAAAAUCAAAUAUAGUUGAAAAUGAAAUGAUCGAUAACUAUUCAAAAGACUCAAUAUCAAAAAAGCAUGAUGAUGAAAACGAAGAUAAUGUUCACAAUGAAUAUUCAUUAAAUCAUCAACGUAUUGUUGAACUUGGAAAAUUACUUGAUAUUAUCAAUAUGUUAUCUACACAAGCUAAACAAGUUUUAGAAAAAGAAAUUAAUUUAGAAACAAUACUUAGACAAUUAUUAGCAGUUAGAACAGCUCAAGAUUAA